AUGCCUCUGGAUACCUCAACAACAUACCCGCUCACGCGGCUGCGCCUGGAUGGCCGUCGCUGGAAUGAGCUUCGCCUCCUACAAGCCCAGAUCUCCACCAACCCUGCCAGCUCAGGCUCCUCAUACCUGUCCAUGGGUAACACAUCAAUCAUGUGCUCCGUCCACGGCCCCGCCGAGGGUCGUCGCGGAGACGGAGGAGGAAGCGGCCAUGCAGUUGUGGAAGUAGAUGUUAAUGUCGCCGGCUUUGCAGGCGUGGACCGCAGGCGCAGAGCUGGAGGAAAUGAUAGACAAUCAACUCGGAUUGCUACAACCCUUCGCUCAGCCUUCCAAUCCCACCUCCACACCUAUCUCUACCCCCACAGCACAAUCAGCAUCCAUGUCUCUAUUCUUUCAGCUGAUGGCUCCGUUCUCGCGGCCGCCAUCAAUGCCUGUACCCUUGCUCUGGUCGAUGCCGGUAUCCCCAUGCCGGGACUUCUCACUGGCUGCACUGCUGGUAUGAGUGGGAGUGCUUCUACACCACGCGACCCGCGACAUGAUGAGCUGGACCCGCUACUUGAUGUAUCGUUGCCCGAAGAGCAGGAAUUGCCAUUCCUCACGGUCGGAACAACGACUGCGGUACCUGUUGGUGAGAAUAAUAUGGACGAGGAUGAGGAGGCAAUGAAGGUCUCAGUGUUUGCGAUGGAAGCCAAGGUUCACUCGACGUACUUGGAGACGAUGACUGCAGUUGGCAUCGAUGGAUGCAGUCAAAUCCGGGAAUUGCUAGAGGGAGUCAUCAAGUCCAAGUGA